AUGCCCAAGUAUUCAAAAUUUGAUAAAUGCAUACCCUCAACGUCAUCAUCAGCAGGCGCGCCGUUGUUUGAUGAUUCUGAUGACAAUGAUCCAUACUUACAUCAAAUAAUAAAAUACAAAGGAGAAGAUUUCAAUAUGACCAGACAUGAGAAACUGAUCCGAUUAUCUACCAAAGUUAAAUGUCAGGUAUCAGCUUGCCAAUGCAAUGGGUGGCAAGGUAAGCGAGAUAAUCCUUCGAUGAAUUCUUCUUGUUCUAAAUCAGGUUGCAGUCAUCCUCUAUCUUCUCAUAUAUCGCAUUUGGAAACUAUUGGAGAUGAUCUAAUUAACAAUUUAAUUGAAAUAGCAUUUGAUCUUAAUCAAUUGUCAAACACUUUAAAUAAUGAUUUAAAGAAACCAAAUAGUGAAAGAAAUUUUGUGAAAGAAGACACUUAUAGUGCAAUUUAUCAUGAACUGAGAAGUUUUAUGUUUCCUGGGUCCAUGGUUUCACUUGAUAAACUAUUUGGAGCACCACCUUUUGAAAAUCCAAAUAUAGUUAAAGCUUUAAUGAAUUUCAACAUGUAUAAGUUUGGUCAUGAUAGUUCUCAACUCAAAAUUGCUUUGAAACUAAGUAAAUGUAUUACAAAACAUUAUGACCUUUGGAAAUGGACUUCUCCUAAAGAAUUACCAUAUUGUAAAACACUUCAAAACAGAAAGAGCUAUGAAUUUUAUUAUCAAAGAUUUAUAGCAUUUUGUGAGCUUCCUAAAUAUGUUCAUUCGAUUGCACCAUGUUAUAAAAUGAGUAUGAUAUUUGGUCAAGAUGUUCUUAAAUACACAUUAAAAGUAUUUAGAAUGCAUUUGUCUGAUUGGUGUCAUGCAAAUUCUACUAAAAUGUCAAACUAUCGAAAAAACUUUUGUUUAACCUACUUACCCAAGUAUAUGAACUUAUUAGAAGAAGAAGUUUAUGCUGUUCAUUCACCAAUAUGGGAUUUGCAUUUCAAAGACUCUGAUUUAAAAAAAAUCAUUCUUAGUGAUUCUCUUGAUUCUGGACUAGAUGAAUAUAAAGAAGGAGAAUCAAAACGUAAAAAAAAAGAUAAAAUUCCAAAUGAAGACAUGAUUUUAAAACCUAAUGAAAAAAAUAACAUUGAAGAUGCUUUAUCAGAAGAAAAAAUUGCAGAAAUUUUAAAAAAUGUCCAGCGUGGACCAGUUACUUACUCAACGGAAUUCGGAUUGGAAAACGGACCAAGAGGUCAUCAGGCUCGGACAGAAGAAGAACAUGGAAUAAUACGUUUUGUAGUUAUUGGUAAUUCUUUAGAUGCAAGAGUUGAAAAAAGUACAAUGUUAUGGCUUAUGCAGCUAAGAAAUUUAUUUCGAACUCAAUUGCCAAGAAUGCCAGUUAGAUACAUCACACGAUUAGUUUUUGAUACGAAACACAAAACUUUGGCUUUGUUGAAAGAUGGUGUACCAAUUGGUGGUAUAUGUUUUUGCCCAUUUGUCUCUCAGGGUUUUACUGAAAUAGUAUUUUGUGCAGUCAAAGUUGAUCAACAAGAAAAUGGUUAUGGAACUCAGCUCAUGAAUCAUUUAAAAGAUUAUCAUAUUCAGCAUAAUAUAUUAAAUUUUCUUACGUAUGCUGAUAAACUUGCAAUUGAGUAUUUUAAAAAGCAAGGUUUUACCCAAGAUGUAAGAAUUUCAAAAAAAAUUCAUCAAGAGUACAUAAAACAUUAUCAGGGUGCCAUACUCAUGCAUUGUGAAUUAAAUCCAAAGAUUAUAUAUACACAGCUAACAUCAGUUAUACGUUUACAAAAAGAAAUAGUUAAAAAUUUGGUGGAAGAAAAACAUCGAAAAAUAGAAAGGCAUUUCCCAGGUCUUACAUGUUUCUUAGAUGGUGUGCGAAUGGUGACAAUUGAAUCAAUACCUGGUGUUAUGGAUACUGGUUGGAUACCAUCGACACGAUCAACAAGAAAUAGCAGAGUCACAGAAGAAUCAACCGAUAUUGAUGUUUUAGCUAAACAUUUAAAAAAAGUAUUAGUUUAUAUUAAAAACAACUCAUUAUCUGAACCAUUUUUGACACCAGUUGAUAAAAAAGUUCCUGGUUACUACGAGCUAAUUAAAUAUCCAAUGGAUUUAAGUACAAUAACCAAACGAUUAUCUAGUGGUUACUAUGUAACCAGAAAAUUAUUCAUUGCUGAUAUGAAACGUAUGUUUACUAAUUGCAAAACAUUCAAUCCGGAGGACUCAUAUUGGUCCAAUUGUGCGGUUGAAUUAGAUAGGCUGUUUCAAAUUAAAAUGAAAGAAUUGGGACUUUGGGACUACUGA